AUAGGCACUGUAGAUAUGUCUGCUAUGUGAACCUCAGACAUUAAGGACUAAUCAGGGGAUAUUCUAUGUGUAUUGGAUUUCAGGAAGUCAUUUAUAGAUUAUUCUUCAUUAUUUAAUUUCUUUUACAGAUCACAGAACUGAAGAGCUGUCUAGAUGGAGAAGAACUACAGGUCAGAAUGAUUGUCCUUGUCAAAAUAAGAACUUUACAAUGUUUGAAAAAGAAGAAAGCCCUGUGUACACAACACCUCUUACAUGUGUACAAGAAUUGUCCAGUAAAGGAGAUGUCAAUUGUGCACUAACAGAUCUCUAUAGUAACUAUUUUACAGAUGAAGAAAAUAUUUACUUACUGCCAGACUACCUUACUAUUGAUUGCUUUCAUUGUAAUACAACUUACAAAUACAGCAGGCGAGGGAGUAAUGAGGAGAGGAGUAGACCACAAACAGCAGGCAAAAGGCCCAGAAACCACUCCUCUAGAAGAACUACGGGAAUGAACAGCAGCACAACAGAAGAGGAAGCUUAUAGAAAAUCAACUGGAGAUGAAUAUCAUGAGAGGGAAACAACUGAAAACCCCUCUGAGUUACAAAGAGUAAAGUUAACUCAUGCACAAAAGAGUGUCUCCUUUAAUUUGCCUGAUUCAGUAAAUGAAUGCCUGACUUCUCCCAAAAGUAAAAGAAGGAAAAGCAGCACACAUGACAGCACAAAGUUUAAGCAGCCCACUGGUAAAACAAAAGGAAUGAGUGAGAAAGUGGAGAGAGGUGUUUCAUAUUCAAAAACUAAAGCAGAGAAAAAGCUUUACUCAUCCACUCAGCUCUCAUUAAAACCCAAAGCCUGUUUGGAUGGUUUACUGAAAGUCAAGAUCAAUUUAGACCCUUUCAGACGAAACAAAGUUUAUCCAGUUCAAGAAAUGUGGAUUGAGGAGAAGCCUAUCCUUCGAGAGAGUAUGGACCAUGAUCAGAAAAAAUCAAGGAAAAAGGCCAAAACAAAACAAGUUCAAGAAAUGUGUGAAGAGGAGAAGGUCACUCUUGAAGAGAGUGUGGACCAAGAUCAUAUUAAAUCAGGGAUAAAGGCCAAAACAAAACAAGUUCAAGAACUGUGUGAAGAGGAGAAGGUCACUCUUGAAGAAAGUGUGGACCAAGAUCAUAUAAAAUCACGGAAAAAGGCCAAAACAAACAAGCUGAAAGAGAAGUCAGCAACAACUGAGAGUGCUAUACCUGUUCUAGAUCAAUCAGCUGCACCGGAUGCCCCAGAAGUUACAUCAACUGGGAAGAAGAAAUCCAAAUCAAAAACUGAAAGACCUAAAACUGUGAAGGAUAAACACAAAAGUGAACCUGAUCAGACAUUAAACAAUAUUAAAGAGAAUGUAAUGUCACCAAGCCUCCUGCAGAGCAGCAAUUCUCUGCAAGAAGAGCUACACAGUAAGAGCAUCAGUAAGAAAGCUUUGAAGCAGAGUGAGAAUGCCAGAGAUGAUAUUACAGAAAUCACCAGCCAUGUAUCUACAGAACCCAAUAUGAACGAGCUCCCAUUAAACACAGAAGGAAGGACCGACAAACAAAAUUCAACAGAAUUUACCACACAAAGCCCAGAGACCAAAAACACUGAGCAUCUAUCAAGUGAACAAUCCUCAGAAGUUGAUCACAGAUACCAAAAAGACACCACUGAUAUUUCAGAUUCUGAUAAACCUAAGAGCAAUGAAACACUGCAAAUAAUCCAUGAAACAAAGGAGCACACUGGAGAAGGUGCUUCUGUAAAUGAUGACUGUGAGGUUUUAGAUGAAAUUUCUCCACACCAAGAUCUGCCCUCAGCAGAUGCUAAUACACUGGCGGGCCAGCAUGAAAACAAUGAAAUCCAGAAAGCUGAAACUCCACAGCAUAAAAUGGCUGUGGACUCAGAGGACUGCCAAACUGACCCAUCUGUAGAAGACAUUGCACCACUGCUGUCAACACAUCUUGAAGACACUACAGAGAUGGUAAAGCUCCCCAAAUUGGAUAAGGCACAAUCACAGGAUGACAUUUUAGAAAAUGCUCCUAAUGAGAGCAUUACUGUAACAGAAGAAGAACCAGCAAAAGAGGUAGAGGAUUCAAAACCAGAAGACCCCCCUGGAGCUGCAGAGCCGUGUAACAUAAAUGCACUUGAAAAUCCAGUUAAUGGCAACACAGCCCAAACCUUGUCAUCGGUUACUCUGGACUCGGGAACAUCUCAGACUCAGCCAGAACUGGAAAUUAUUGCUGCAACUGAGGAACAUGUGAACAAGGAAAACCUUUCAAACAAUAACAGUACUAAGUCCUUACUUGGCUUGUCAACCCAAGGUGACACCAGCAAUACAAAAGGCUUUCAGGCAGAAACACCUAAAGUGCUCCUUAUUUCAAAAGUGGCAUCUGAAAAAACUUCCAUAGAUUCUGCAUUGUCAGGUGUUGGCAUCCUACAAGAAAUUGACAUGGCGUCUGGAGACAGCAGUCAAAAGAAGAAAAUAUGUUUGGUUCUUCCGGAACAGUCAAACAUCAAGUCGCAGCAUGCACUCAACAAGAAGAUACGAUAACCCUUGAUCAGAAAACUGCAAUGUAGCUGGUUAGUUAGUUCUGAAAGCCACACAUGCCAAGAACUUCAUCCAUUUUGCAAAGCCACUUUGUCUAGUAUAGUGUCAUAAGGAGCUGAAGCCUACACAGACAGCACCAGAUGUAAAGCAGCAGUCAAACCUGGAAGCAAUACCACUCUGUUGCAAAUCACAAAUCCGUCUAACUACAGUAGGAGGAAUCCAUUAUGAACAUGAAGAAAAGGAGGAAACUUAUUAAGAAGGCACCCAGAUAGGAGUUAAAUUAGGUGCCACGAACUGAAAGAUAGCAACAUUACCUGCUGCAUCAUCAUAUGGGACAGCCAUCCAAGAAAACCAAUUCAAGUUAAAGAUGGAAGUGACAGGAAAGUUUUUUUCGGUCUACAGGACUAAAUAUGUUAAAGAUUCUCUUAUUUAUUUUAAUCAGUUUGAAUUGUAUUGGUAAU